AAAUAACCAUUCUUGUUAUUAUAUUAAUAAAAAAAAUAAUUUUCUCCUAAAGGGUCUUGUGAAACAACAGAAGUAAUCCGUGAAAUAAAAUUGAGAUUUAAUUUAUAAGAAACCUUCCUCAAUGUUUUUCGACUUUAAACAAUUGAAUCAAUACCGUAGCCAUCAAUUUGUCAACUAGACGUAUUAGGAACAUUAAAUAUCCCUGAUAACUAUACCAAUUCUAUUCUAUUCUUUGAGUUAUUGGCGUUUCCUUAUAGAUUUUUCUAAUCCUGUUCCAAAAAACACGUUUUUCUUCACUAUGACUAUAAUGUCACUGUCUAAUCACAAAUGUUCGUUGGGACUUGAUUCGAGCAGCUUCCUACCAAAGAAAGGUGCCUUAUGGUCGAGGUUGAAGCGUUUCUUGAAAAAACUGUCCCUCGUAUCAUUCGGGCACCCCGACACCUUUGAGCACUUCCGCAGCUACUCCACUGUUGUGGCCGAACAGCAGCGCCAGAUCCUCGAAGGCGGAAAUUACAUAAUUCAUCCAUUCAGCCAAAUUAGUUUGUAUUGGAACAGUACAAUAGCUAUAGUGAACUUAAUGCACAUGAUUGUGUCUACCUUCCGUCUGUGUUAUAUUCUGGAACCUGUCCAGCCGUCAAUGCACUGGCUUGACGAGGUUCUUCUCGGCCUUCACGGCAUUUGCUUCUUCGAUAUCUUCAUGAAGUUUAACGUUGGUUUCAAAGAAGAAUAUUUUGCAAACGUCGUGUUCGACAGGCGAAGAAUUGCUGCCCAAUAUCUUCGGUGUUGGUUCCUGAUCGACCUAAUAUCAUGUCUUCCGAUCGCGUACGUUAUGCUUUACCUCAAAUUUGAAAAAAGUCGAUAUAUUCUAUUCGCUCACGUGCUGCCCAUCUUGAGAGCAACUAGACUUCGGAAAGCUUUGAAUGACGUCGUGACUAUAACAAAAGUUUUAUCAGAAUAUUAUAUAAUGCGUCACACGGUUCAUCACCUUCUGUUAUUCCUUGUCACUAUGCAUUGGUCAUGUUGUAUUGUCUACAGCGCGCCCAUUUUCGCCUAUUAUUGGGAUGGUCAAAUGGCUAAAGGAUAUAACGCCUUUUUUUUGAACUCCACGGACGGUGAUUUAUCAAAAUUUCCGGAAUCAUACAGAUAUCACAAGGCUCUGUUCCUUAGUCUAUCUUCGUUUUUUGGUACGAGUAUGUCUAUGUACAAGUUUUACAAUCCAGACGAGUAUAUAAUGCAUUCGUUUAUUACGCUGUACGCGGCCAUGUUCAUGAUAUAUUCCACAGUCCUCAUUUUAAACAUUUACAUAACGGCGUACAACUCAAAAGUACGUUAUUACGGAUUGAUAAAUCAAGUUGAGGCUUACAUGCGACACAAACAAUUCCCGAAGCCUUUAAGGAAACGAGUGCGUAUAUUCUUCUCUCAUAAAUUUUCAGAACACUACUAUAAGGAAGACAAUGUGUUCGAGAGUUUAUCAGAGCAACUUCGCUACGAAGUAAUACUGCACACGUAUCACAAAUUUGUGAAGAAGGUAAAGCUGCUUGAUGGUAUGCCAGCGGAAGUGAUUGGAAUAUUACUGAGCCACCUCAAGCCUGAGGUGUACCUGGCUAACGAUCUAGUUGUUCGAGCUGGUGACUUCGGAGACUGUUUAUACUUUAUUGGUUAUGGAACCGUCGCUGUCUACUCUUUGAAAGGCGCUGAGAUAUGUCACAUGGAAGACGGGGAGCACUUUGGUGGAGUGGCUCUUCUCAUGAAAGACAAUAAACGUAUUGUUACCGUCGUCGCCAUAGAGAUAUCACAGCUGUAUCGUCUGGACGCUGCACAUUUUCAUAAAUAUUUAAUGUCGAAUCCCACUCUGCGGGACCGUAUGGAGGCAUGGACGGCGCAACAAAUGCACGAAACUGUUCUUCUAGACGAAGCGUUCCGUAAGCAACAGAAACGAAAACAGGAACAACUGUCUUUCGGACUUCAGUCUCUAUCAGAAAUAUCUAAAGAGAGUCUCUGAGACAGUCAAAAUAUAUUCAGUGUCAAUAAAGGUUCUUGUAUUUAUGUGGAAGUUUAAGUUAUUAAGUUUAUAUUAAAUUUAAGAUAAGAUUGUGAAUGUUUCCAACAAUGUCACAGUGUAUAAAUAUUACACACAGCAUCACAGCAUUUUAUAUAAAAGGAACAUUGAUGGCAACAUGUCGACUGCUCUAUCUUUGUUAUUUUUCUGUAGUCACAAUAAAAAUUUACUUUAAAA